AUGGUGUCGUCUAUGUUGAACAACAACAUCUCGAUUGCCGUCUCCGACGACGGAUCUGAAGAUCCCGUGACUUGCGUGCGGUCUCGGUUCCGCCAUAAGCGUAGGAAGCCCUUCCUGAGGGAUAGGCCCGAACUGGCCCGAAAAUUACUCACGAAGUUCUUCAGGGGUGGCCCACUCUACUGUUGUUCUUCGCCGUCGCUCUCCUAUUCUACGAGUCUGUCAAAAUUGGGGGCCACGAUGGGCGAAGUACGUUGCAAGGGGAACUUGAAUUUGCUAGAGUUCUCGGAGUUCCUGGCGCUGGUGACGUCGAUGCUCCUGCCGGUGAGGUCACCGUACACGGAGGAGCAGCUGAAACACCUCUUUAAGAUGUUCGACAGGGACGCCAACGGGUACAUCAGGACGUCUGAUUACCACCACCCGACCGCCAUUAACACCAACACCACCACCUCCCCUGCCCCCAAACUCUUUAUGUUUAGUAGAAAUUAG